GACCAGCGCAUACCCUCGGGAACCAGUACCUCUCAAAGAACUCAGGGAUGCUACAGCAACACACCCACGGUACUUUUUUGCCGUUGAUCCUGAUGCAAGCCAACUACUUGCAAUGCUUUUGAAGCUUAUAAAUGCAAAGAAGGCAAUAGAAAUUGGAGUUUUCACUGGAUACUCCCUUCUCACAACAGCUCUUGCAAUUCCAAAUAGUGGCAAGAUCAUUGCAAUAGACGUGAAUCGAGAGACAUAUGAGAUAGGUUUGCCCUUCAUUCAAAAAGCCGAUGUUGAACACAAAAUCAAAUUCAUUCAAUCUCCUGCUCUCCUAAUUCUCAAUGAGCUUUUACAAGAUGAAGAGAAUGAAGGGAGUUUCGAUUUUGCCUUUGUGGAUGCAGACAAGAACAAUUACUGGAACUACCAUGAGAAACUGAUGAAAUUAGUGAGGCCUGGCGGACUGCUCAUCUAUGCUAACACUCUCUGGGGAGGCACCGUUUGCUGGCCAGAGGAGGCUGUUCCUGAAGGCAAAAGAGAACGCAGGAAGGAUGUGAUGGAGUUUAACAGAUUGAUUUCUGCUGAUCAUCACAUUGAGCUUGUUCUUGCUUCCAUUGUAGACGGGUUGAGCAUCUGCAGGUGGAUUUUCUGAUACUCUUUUCGAUUGCUCGCAUGUGUUGUAGUUUGGCAUCUCUCUACUCUACGUCGAUAUUAAGUGUGGGAUUGUUGUAAGGCUAUUGGAUUCAAGUUAUCAUCAGUUGAAUACUUCUGUUUCAUCAGCAUUUUAUACUGUAAUCCAUGUAUUAUGUCUUUCUGUUUCACUGUUCUGUUUAGUUGGACCUAAUUAUUAGGAUGUGUGGCUUUAAUUUAAUCAGAAUUUCUGUCAUUGUGAAAAAUAAAUGUGGACCUCUUCA